AUGGUCCAGAAGUGCCAAUUCCAGAACCUCCAGAAUACAUACCCAGAGUUGUCUUCAGAAUCUAAUGACGAGCAAACAGAUGAUGAUAUUGGUUUUGAGGACACCGUUCGAAUAAAUCAACCGAAACCCUUUACGCAAGGCGAAUUAAAUGAUCCGACGAGAGACUUAUGUCCGUCUAAGGAGUCUGCACAAUUCCUAGGAUCUCGUCUUCGUGAAAAUAAUUUGCUAGCUACGGGAACUACAAUCUACUGGUAUCGUGUUCGAGAGGAAGAGUUACGAAUUUUUUUGAACAAGAUAAAGACACAGCAUAUGAUUUCACCAAGAACAGAAGCCAAAUGGCAGCAAUGGUACGAAGAAGUUGAAUCAGAUGUAGGGUCUGAGUUAGACAUAAAUGACGCUGCCUCUGAACACAGUUUGCAUGCUACUAAUACGGAGCAAUCCUCGGACUCUGAUGACGAGGAUAUUUGUUUACCUUUAUCUCUACCUGCUUUGAAGAAAAUACCACAUUUCACUGGAAAGGAUGGCACACCAUGGAAAAACUGUACCAAGACGCGCAUUCAUUACAUCUUUGGCAAAAGAGCUUAUAAGACCACACGUGAUGAAACGAGCUCCCCUUACAAAUAUUUCUUUUCCUCUUGGACAAAAAAUUCGAUCGAUUACUGGCAUUCAAAGAAAAAUACACCCCCACAGAAUCCAGAGCAGAAACCAAGAUAUGAGGUAGAUCAAACUUUACAAUCUUUAUUUUAUGAAGGUUUUUACUGCACGAGAAGUGACAAAUACAAUAAUGCCAAAGAAUAA